UAUGUGCACGCUGUGGACACAAAAGACUUGAAAAUGUGGAAGCUAAUAGUUACAUUUCUAGUCGUCGCUGCCUUUUUCCAUGGAAAUUCAGGAGCAAGUGAAGAUCACAUAUUGAGGGACCUUCUUCAGACUUAUCGGACUCGUCCAGUGAAGAACAAUUCUGAUACAGUCCAAGUUACCGUAGAUGUUGUCUUGCUGCACGUCAAUUCUCUUGAUGUUAACUCACAAGUCUUGUCAGUUAACGCGUAUCAUCGUAUGAGCUGGCGUGACCGGGAUCUGGUGUGGGAUCCUCAGUUCAGAGGAGGAGUGCGGAGGAUGCAUGUCAUGUCCUCACUUAUUUGGCUCCCAGACAUUGUGCUACUAAAUCUUCGCGGCGCCAGUAAGCUGCUGUUGGACCCGAGAGCAGUAGUAUCACAUGACGGCACGGUGGUCUGGAUACCUGUAUACCAGCACAGCGCCCACUGUAAUAUGGAUCUGGGACGUUACACUCAGGAGUGCAACCUCAAAUUUGGAUCAUGGUCGUAUAAUCAGAAGGAAAUAAACCUUGCCUACGGGGCUCAGAAAAUGGAUCUGAGCAAUUUAGAGCCAAAUCGUGACUGGGCUGUACAAUAUACUGCAGUGAAACGAAAUGCAAUUUCUUACAGUUGUUGUCCUGGUGAGAUUUUCGUCGAUUUGACUUAUUCCUUGACAUUACGGAUUAAGAAAAACACCUCAUCAGCCCUGACAGCCAGUUCUGGAUUUACUGACAGACCUUUUGUAGUCAUAUUUGUAGUGUCUUUGAUUGUUGGUAUUAUGGUUUAACAAUUAUU